AACUUUGAGGUAAUCUACUUUCAGAUGAUUAUGUAUACAAAUUUUUAACAAUAUGAUAUUUCUCUGUUUUUUUAAAUGUGUAAAUAGCAAUAAAAGCUGAAGAGAUAACACUGACCUCUCCAGGAAUUUUUCAGAACUUUUGCAACUGAGCGCAAAUUAUUGUAUUUUUAACCUGCAAUUACUGAUAGAUCACACGUGGCUAAGAUUUAAUAUAAAUCACGUAGUUUUGUUUAUUUGAUCCCAGUGUAUUUAAUUAAACUAUUUCCAAAGCAUUUGAUAAAACUAACAGUAAAUAAUGGAACUGUUGAAAGAACCUAUUCAGCAAGAAGCAAUGGUAUUAUGUUGCAUGUGUGGCAUUGGUAUAGAACCCAAUCCAGCAAACACUUGUGUAGCAUGUUUAAGAACUCAGGUUGAUAUUACAGAAAAUGUUCCAAAACAAGCAACAAUACAUUUUUGUAAGGGAUGUGAAAGGUAUUUGCAACCACCUGCAGAAUGGAUUCAUGCAUCUUUAGAAUCCAGAGAGUUAUUAACAUUAUGUUUAAAAAAAUUAAAGGGUUUAAAUCGUUUGAAAUUAAUUGAUGCUGGAUUUGUAUGGACAGAGCCACACUCUAUGAGAUUAAAGAUAAAAUUAACAGUACAGGCUGAGGUAAUGGGUGGUGCAGUGCUGCAACAAGUAUUUAUUGUUGAAUUUACAGUAAAUCAUCAGAUGUGCGAAGAUUGUCAUAGAACAGAAGCAAAAGAUUAUUGGCGUGCUUUGGUUCAAGUACGACAACGAGCAAUAAAUAAAAAAACAUUUUAUUAUUUGGAACAAUUAAUUUUGAAGUAUAAGGCACAUGAACAAACAUUGGGUAUAAAACCUAUUCAUGAGGGGUUAGACUUCUUUUUUGCAAAUGAAGCUGCAGCACGAAAAAUGGUCGACUUUCUUUCGAGUGUAAUACCAUGCCGUUAUGAUCAUUCGAAAAAAUUGAUAUCGCAUGAUAUUCAUAGCAAUAUAUACAAUUACAAAUUUACAUACAGUGUGGAGAUAGUUCCAAUAUCCAGAGAUAGUGUAGUAUGUCUUUCAAAGAAGUUAAGUCAUCAACUUGGAGGAAUAAAUUCCAUUUGCUUAGUAUACAAAGUUACAAAUUCCGUGCACUUAAUUGAUGCAUCAACUGGACAAAUUGCAGAAAUAAAUGCAACAGUUUAUUGGAGACAUGCUUUCAAUAGUAUUUGUGAUCCAAAACAGUUAGUAGAAUAUACGGUGAUGGAUAUUGAACCAAUAAAAUUUAAGGAUAGAAGAUUCUUUCCAGGACAAGGAAGUAUUUCCACCAAGCAUGUCAUUGCGGAUGUAUGGCUGGUAAGAAGUUGUGAUUUAGGAAUAAACGAUAAUCCGAUCCAUACGCGUACUCAUCUUGGUCACAUAUUAAAGCCUGGUGACACUGCUUUAGGGUAUGCUCUUAGUGAAAGUAACAUUAAUGACGACAAUUUCGAGUUGUUAAAUAAAGACUUAAUACCAGACGUACUUUUAAUAAAGAAGAGUUACGCAAACGACAGAGCAGCACGUCGUAGAAUGAGAGCUUGGAAAUUGAAACAUAUGGUUCAGGAUGAAAACAGCAUGGCUACUGAUGAUAACGACUACUAUGAAUUUUUAGAAGAUAUCGAGGAGGAUCCGGAAAUGAGACAAAAUAUAAACAUUUUCAGAGAUCGUAAGAAAAUAAUUCCAGUGGAUACUAAUGAAUUAUCCGAUCUUACUUGCCCACAGAUCACUCUUGAGGAGAUGCUUGAUGAUCUUGUGAUUGAUGAUAUUGAAAUACCGCAAGUUUUAUAACAAAAAUUUUUAAUAAAAAUGUAAUGAAAAUUA